GUGGCUUUAGCUACAAGUCCUUUAUAUAAAGGACUGCACUUUGCUGCAGAUUUCUGUCUCUACAGACCAAAAGUCACCAUCAGUCUCUGCUGAGAGGAGCUGACCAUCAGUGCACACCACUGAAUGAGCAUCUCUCUGUCACCACGUGCCUUCCUGCAGCAUGACAGAGCUCCAUGAAGCCGUGGCUGUGGGUGACUAUGACCUGGUGAAGAAGAUUUUGAAGGCAGGGCGCUGUGACCCAAACCAGAAGGAUGUUGACUGGCAUGGCAGGACCCCCCUGCACUGGGCUGCUGCCAAAGGGCGGUCGGACCUGGUCAGGCUCCUGGUGGGUCACGGUGCCCGGCCCUGCCUGCGGAGCGAUGUGGGCUGGACCGCGGCGCACUUCGCUGCCGAGGCGGGCAAGCUGCGGGUGCUCCGCGCCCUUCACUCUCUGCACGCUGCUAUGGACGCCGCCGACCUCUUCGGAGACACUCCCCGGAGGCUCGCGGAGAUCUACGGACACCAGGAGUGCUGCAGAUUCUUGGAAAAAGCAGAGGUGGAGAGCAGGAACUACCGCAGGAAAGCUGCACUGAGAAAAAUCCCCUUAGACCAGAGAGAUGAAGACUGGGAACUCAAGAAAGAAGAGCUUAAGAAAAAUCCACCAUGUUUUUGGGAGAAGGGUACGGCCUCUAUUCUAAAGAAAAAUGGGGGGAAAAGGGGGAAGCAAUAGUGUUUGGUGCCUGUUUAGUGCCUCUGAGCACUUGCAAUGCAGAGCAAAGGCACUGGCAGACUUGAGGUGGAUCUGUAGUGUGAUAUUUGUGUGAACAGAAUAAGCAGAAGGCUACAAGAGUGCAUCCUUAGAGACACACUGUAAAUAAUCUCCUUAAGAGCUAGAAGAGCUUCAGCUUCUCUGUGUGUUUCUAUGUAUCUGAUCUCUAAAAUAAAAACAAUUGAAGGAUAUGUUUAAAUAUACCAAUACUGUAAAUCACUGCAAUGUUUAGAGUUCCUGCAAUGGCAGUUACACAUAUUGCCAGGGAAAAAAUAGUCUUCAUCCUACCUGAUUCACAAAAGCAUCUUGGAUUGUGGUUCUGCUUGCUCUGCUGAUGUCUGUGGCCUUUGCAUCUUUACUUCUGCCACUGAGUCAACCAGGAGGCUCUACAUGGACUUGCAGCCUCUGGUGAUGCCUGUCUCAUUUCUUGGAAGUGAGAUGUACUUGCUUCUUCUGGAUAAAGCUGAGAUAUUAAUGCUAAGCUUUCACUUGACACAUGGGUCCAACAGCCUGAAUCUUCCAUUCCUGGCCCAGCAAAAGGGAAAAUAUGCUCCUUCCUUGCUGCUUUCAGACAGCUGUGACUACCAAGGGUACUGGAGCACUGCCUUUUUUUAGCAUUGUCCCCAGCCAUAUUCAUGUUUCUGCAAAUAGAAAUGGUGUGCAAGUGUUAUUGAGUU